CUCUUUAACUUCCAUGAAGCUACCGACUUUGAUUUUUCAAACAAUUUACCAGAGCCACUAGUAAGCUGUAUAUAAAGAUGAUAAUCUGACUUCAUUCUUCAAAAUUCUCUCCAUGCUACCAAGCUGACUUGAGAAAUAGAAAUUAAGGAGGAGGAAGAAAAAGAAGAAGAAUUAAGAAGAAGAGGGGCUUGCAUUGCUUUUGGGUUUGCUGAGCGAGUUCAUCAUUUGAUCACUGCCAAACUAAUGGGUCUGACCGGCACCAUGGAAACACUCACCGUGAGGUCCAUGAGCUUAAGUACUGAAGAUUCAGAACCACAUAACAAGUCUAACGGGUUUGACUAUAAGAAAAGUACGGAAAGGUCAAUGGGCUUCAAGAAACGGGAACCCAAAGAAGAAAAACUCAAAACAGCAUCUGAUACAUUUGAUGAGAAAUUACAUUCAGAUUCUUCAGUUGGUAGAAACUGUGAAAAAAUGCAGAUAAAGAAACCCACAAUACUGCUUCCUGAACCAAUCAUGUUGUUUUCUCCAAAGCCGGCGUCUAGUGAGCGCGAUGCUGCAGCAACUAGGCUUCAGAAAGUGUACAAGAGUUACAGGACUCGGCGCAACCUCGCAGAUUGUGCUGUUGUGGUUGAGGAACUAUGGUGGAAAGCCGUAGAGUUGGCAGCUCUGGAAAGAAGCUCAGUGUCAUUCUUCGACAUUGAGAAACAUGAAACUGCUGUGUCAAAGUGGACAAGAGCUAGGAAAAGGGCAGCUAAGUUAGGGAAGGGGUUGUGCAAGGAUGAGAAGGCUCAGAAACUAGCCCUGCAGCAUUGGCUUGAAGCUAUUGAUCCACGCCAUCGGUAUGGACACAAUUUGCAAUUCUACUAUGAUGUGUGGACUGCUUGCAAGAGCACUCAACCUUUCUUCUACUGGUUGGAUGUUGGUGAUGGUAAAGACACAAAUGUCAAGAAGUGUCCGAGGCCUGAUCUCCAACGCCAGUGCAUCAAAUAUCUUGAACCAAGAGAGAGACAAGCAUAUGAAGUGAUUGUAGAGGAGGGAAAGCUAGUGCAAAAGCAAUCAGGGUUCCUUGUUGACACAGACGAAGGGUCAAAGUGGAUAUUUGUGCUGAGCACAUCAAGGUCUUUAUAUGUAGGCCAGAAAAAGAAAGGUGUUUUUCAGCAUUCAAGUUUCCUCUCUGGAGGGGCUACUACUGCAGCUGGAAGACUAGUUGCUCAUAAUGGGGUUCUUGAGGCUAUAUGGCCAUACAGUGGUCACUAUCUUCCAACCGCAGACAACUUCAAGGAAUUCAUUAGCUUCCUGAAAGAGCACAAUGUAGACCUCACCAAUGUCAAGAUGUAUGCUGUUGAUGAAGACAAAGCAUAUCAAAAUGAGGAGUUCUCUAAGCCAGAGGUGACUGGUUCAUCCACAACCAAAGUGACCUUGGAUGAUUCUAGUAGUGGUGUUGCCAUUGAAGUUCCAGCAGAUCAUCAUCAACAACAACAACUUGAGAGUAAUGGGAGCAGUUCAAGUAGUAAUGCAGAUGAAGCAGAAGAAGAACAAGCACAAGCAUUUGACAUGUCAAAGCGUCUGGCUUGCAAGUGGAGCAGUGGCAUUGGGCCACGUAUUGGGUGUGUGAGGGACUAUCCAGCUGACCUUCAAUCCCUAGCUCUUGAGAAAGUCAAUCUAUCACCAAGAGUCUCAUUGGGCCGCCAUGAAAGUUAUGCCCCAAUCCCUUCACCUAGACCAAGCCCAAAGAUCAGGGUCUCACCUAGGCUUUCCUAUAUGGGCCUCCCCAGCCCAAGGGUACCCAAUUCCAAUUAGACAUUUUAGGCCUCGUUUGGUUCUCGAACUAAACGCUAGAAAAUAGUAUUUGCAACCUCGACUUAAAAGAAUCAUUUCAAAGUUCAAACCUUUUAGUUUGCUUUCAUUUCCAAAAAACUACUUUCCGGAAACAAAAGAGACCCAGCUCUCGAGAGUGAUGGGGUACAUCUUAUUACCGAACUUGUUUAGGGUUUAGGGAGUCAUAGGAACGAAGCCAAACUUGUUAUUCUUUUAUUUAUUUGUAUCUCUUUAAAUUAGUUUUUCUUUUCAAAUUUGUAUACAUGCAUGCUCUUCCUGUGAAUGGUGCAAAGUCAGCAAAGACAAUGUCCCCAGGCAUCAUUCUUUUU